GUCGUUUGCCUAGAGGCCGGAGGAUAAAAAUAUUUUCGAAGACUCACGAACUUUCGAAGUUUUCAGGAGUUUCUCCUUUGAAACUUGUGGUUCCGUCUAAGAAUGCGUCAGAUCCGGCAUGCGUAUGCAUCACAUCACAUUCUCUCCGCACUAUCUGCUUGCUAGAAUGGGCGUCUUAACUAACUAACCAGAGACAAGUAACUUGUCCAUAGAACAAGGCUUAUUUUUAAGGAACUUGUCUCUGUAACUAACUAUUAAAUAGAAGUUUGUUUUGAUUAACGUAACCUCAAACUAACUUGCGCAUGUCAUUUAAGCAAGGAGCCGAUUGCGAUAUAUGCGCUAGUCUGACAAGACCGAAUUAAUGUGAUCUAGUACGUCAGUGCUCUCAUUCGUGUUCAAGUGCGAGAGUGAAACAAUACUAGGAAAGUUGUCAGAGAACUGAAAACUCAAAGAAGUAUUGCGCUUAUGUGUGGAGAACAGACUACUCAUUAGUGGGUGUCGAAUUAAUCAACGAACUCAAUAAGCAGUAAAUACAUUGGAGUUUUCAUAGCCGGACACAGGCAACUAAUUCAAGUUCAACAUGCCCCCUGCGGACGCUACCCCCAUUUCCAACAGGAGCAACUUUGAACUCUGCUAUUCCUUGAAAGCUUUUAAUAAAAUUCCAGUUUCUGAGUAUGUUUCUAAGGAAACAGGGCUGACUGUCUGCAUCGCUCAAGUCGAAGGCCCAGUGGUGAAUGGAUAUUUUUGUUUGGCUACCGAAGCGUUUGACGAUGAUGGUUUACCUCACACGUUGGAGCAUCUCAUUUUUUUGGGAAGCGAAAAUUACCCAUAUAAAGGAGUUCUCGAUCUGCUGGCUAAUCGAUGCUUGGCCUCUGGCACCAAUGCUUGGACUGAUAUUGACCAUACCUGUUACACUAUGGAAACCGCUGGGUCUGAGGGAUUUUGCUCCCUUAUGCCCAUAUUCCUAGAACAUAUUUUAUAUCCGAUUUUGAGCGACGAAGGUUUUAUUACCGAAGUGCAUCAUAUUACGGGCGAAGGCGAAGAUGCAGGGGUAGUUUACUGCGAAAUGCAGGGCAGAGAAAAUUCCGCAGGAUCAAGAAUGCAUUUAGCAUUAUCAAGGAACAUGUAUCCCGGUCAUUGUGGAUAUUCAUCUGAAACGGGAGGAAUUAUGAAAAAUCUGCGGGAAUCCACCAAUAAUGAUAAAGUAAGAGCUUACCACAAAGAGUUCUAUAGACCGGAGAACUUAAAAAUAAUUAUAACUGGACAAAUAAACCCUGAUGAAGUAUUUAGAGCCUUGAGGCCGCUGGAGCUCUUAAUCCUGUCCAAAGGAGACAGAGGUGCCUUUGAAAGGCCUUGGCAAUCCCCAGUGUCCCCGUUGGAAUCCUCUAAAAAUCUAACACUGAAAUAUCCCUCAGAUGAUGAAGACAAUGGCUUAUACUCCAUGGCCUGGAGGGGACCUUCUUGUGUCACCGAUUUAUACAAUGUUACAGCUUGUUCGCUACUGCUGAAGUAUUUCACUGAAAACUCAGUUUCUCCUUUACCUAAAGUGUUCAUUGAAAUAGACGACCCGUUUGCCAGUAACAUAUCCUACAGCUUGUAUGAAAAUGCAGAGACAUGUUUCUACUUAUUAUUCGAGGACGUACCAGUGUCUAAAGUAAACCAAGUUAGAGAGCAGUUGCAGGCGGAAUUACGAAAAAUUUUAGAUAACAAGGAUAUAGACAUGGAAAAACUGCAGAGUAUAAUAAAUAAAUACAAACUGGAGAAUUUGAGCAACAUUGAAAAUAACCCUCAUCAAUCUGUAGCUUGCAUGAUAAUAGGUCAUAUGUUAUAUGGAAACACCAAAGACGAUUUGCAACAAAGGCUCAACCCGCUUGAGGACUUGCUGAAAUUAUCCAAAGAGCCAGAUACAUUUUGGUUAGGGAUUCUGGAGAAAUAUUUUGUUGGUAACAAAUAUGUAUCUGUGGAAUGCUACCCAAGUAAGGAAGAGCAGCAAAAAAUGGCCAAAGAGGAGAAAGAGCGAGUGGAGAAGCAGAGGCAACUGCUAGGAGAGGAAGGCUUAAAGCAAAAAAAGAUCGCUUUAGAGAAAGCCAUUGAGAGCAAUGAUAGGGAACCGCCAGUGAAAAUGCUAACGUCUGUACCAAUUCCAGGCCUCGAAUCGAUCACAUUCCACAAUAUAGAACGAUAUAGAAGUGACUUACCAGGUGGUCGAAUUGACUUGUCUCAAGCCCCAGUAUUUACGUACUUUGAUGACUUAAAAACCAGCUUUGUCUAUUUAAACGCAUUAUUGGACACAUCGAGUAUCCCUUCACACUUAAGAAUAUAUCUUCCAUUAUUCUUGGAGUCCCUUCUGGAACUGCCGAUAGAAAGGAAUGGAGUUAUGGUGCCCUAUGAACAAGUUGUGGCAGAAUUAAAUGACGAUACUGUCAGCAGCAAAACUUCGCUAGGCCUAGGCAACUGCAGUUUAUUUGCAUGUGGAAUUUAUUCACAAACAGCUUCCAUUGCCCUUCACCUCGAAACUAGCAAAUAUGCCAAGGGAAUAAACUGGAUCCGAGAGCUUCUCUAUCAUGUUAAAUUUACAGCAGAGAGAGUUAAAGUUAUUGCUUUAAAAAUGAGCAAUUCUGUCGCUCAAUGUAAGAGAAGCGGACGAAACGUCGCAUCUUAUGCUAUGAAGAAUUUAUGGUAUUUGAAAGAUAGCAACGUUUACGCUAAUGGGAUUUUGGUUCAGAGCAAAUUUCUGACCGAUGUAAUUCAAAAGCUUAACGAAGAAGGCGCUCCGGAUGUGUUGAACGAUUUGGAAAAUUUAAGAGCUGCUUUGACUAACCCGUCGAACUUAGUUUUAUACAUUGCAGGAAGUCUGGAAAAUAUUGCAGAUGUAACAACGCCCUUAAGUGGCCUAUUGCUGGCAGAUCAAGUACCAAGCACCAAAAGUCAAUUGUCUCCAACUCCCGAUCACAAGCUACUGGGAGUUGUCAACGAUUCUCCGAAUUCCGGUUGCAUUGUUGGCUUGGGAUGCAUCGAAUCUUCGUUUUAUUAUCAAACUGCCAAAUGCAUAACAUCGUUUAAAGAUGCUGAUCUGCCAGCUUUACUGCUUUAUGUCCAAUAUUUGAUUCAAGCCGAGGGUCCAAUGUGGAAGCAAAUAAGAGGCAAAGGGUAUGCUUAUGGCUACAGAAUUAUUGUGAAAGUAUCGGAAGGACUGAUCUAUCUAAUAUUUGCGAAAGCUACGAAUGUUUUGGGCGCUUAUCAGGAGUCUAAGGAGAUUUUGGAUAAACAACUGUCCAAAAACGAGUGGGAUGAAACGCUACUCGAGUCUGCUAAAAGCUCGCUGGUUUUCAAUAUAAUUGAAGAACAGAAAACGAUUGAAAGCACAGUAGAAUUAUCACUUAGGUCCUACUUUCAAGGAGUGGAUUAUUCGUAUAACAAAAAGCUGCUGGAGUCAUUAAAUAAAGUGAGCGUGGAUGAUUUGAAUAGAGUCGGAGCAAAAUAUAUCGCUCCCUUAUUUGAUCCUAAACAAGCUAAGGUGGCCCUCAUUACUGAUCCAACUAAAAUCGCCGAUACUGCAGAGGGUUUCAAAAAGUUUAAUAUAGACCUGGCGGUCUACCCAUCAUUGGAAGAGAGUUACUUAAAUCCUUUAUUGUGACCAGAAAUGAUGCGCUGAUGUAAGUGAUAAUACCUCUAAUUGAUCUUCAUAUUCGCCAUUAUCAUCUUCAAAUGCUACUUACUAAAUAUUUGAACACUUAUAUUAAUUAAUAAAGCCUAUGUAGAGCAUUUA